GAGUUGGCAGGGCAGCGGAGCGAAGGAUAGACGUUUCAUCCGUCACUUCUCUGAUCUCAUCGUUGGCUCACCAUUUCCCCGAACAAAAACCGAUUAUUACCAACUGCUCCUCUCAAUUUCUGGUCUCCGACUGAGCAGAACACAGAGCAAUAUCAUGGACGAUCACAUUGGAGACGGAGAGACGCCGCCGGCUUUACAUAAUCCUCGUCGCGCGGGAGAAGAAGUAGGAGCGGAAACAGUACCCAGAGCUCACUCUCCUCCUCACCAAAACGGCGGAAGCCGAUCGAGCGGCGUCGUUCUCGGAGUUGACGGCGGCACUACCUCAACGGUCUGCGUCUGUAUGCCGUUCCUCGACUUCGGUGACGAGCUACCUGAUCCCGUCCCCGUUCUCGGACGCGCCGCUGCCGGCUGCUCCAACCACAACAGCGUCGGAGAAACUGCUGCGAGGGAAACAUUAGAACGCGUCAUGACGGAAGCCCUCGAGAAAUCAGGCUCCAAUCGGUCUGCAGUGCGAGCUGUGUGCUUAGGUGUGUCUGGUGUGAAUCAUCCGUCUGAUCAAGAGAGGGUACUGAAUUGGCUAAGGGAUAUGUUUCCUAUCAAUGUGAAGUUGUACGUGCGUAAUGAUGCUGUCGCUGCUUUGGCUAGUGGGACCAUGGGAAGGCUCCAUGGGUGUGUGUUAAUUGCUGGUACAGGCUGCAUCUCUUAUGGUAUUGCUGAUGAUGGUAAAGAAGCUCGGUCUUCAGGUGCAGGACCUGUCUUAGGUGACUGGGGGAGUGGCUAUGGAAUUGCAGCACGUGCAUUAACAGCAGUGAUAAGGGCUCAUGACGGACGUGGCCCACCAACGAAACUUACAAAUAAGAUGCUGAAGACACUUGGCCUUUCUACUCCUGAUGAAAUCAUAGGGUGGACUUAUGCAGAUUCAUCGUGGGCACGCAUCGCAGCUCUUGUUCCUGAAGUGGUAGCUUGUGCAGAAGAUUCAGAUGAAGUUGCGGAUAAGAUUCUUGUCAAUGCGGUACAGGAAUUGGCAUUAAGUGUGAAGGCGGUUGUUGAACGGCUUAAUUUGUGUGGUGAAGAUGGAAAAGGCUCUUUCCCUGUGGUAAUGGUUGGUGGAGUCCUUGAAGCUAACAAGGGAUGGGAUAUAGGAAAUGAAGUUAUGAAAUGUGUUAAGGAGAACUUCAGUGGUGCUUAUGCAGUUAGGCCGAAGGUGGAACCUGCAGUUGGAGCAGCUCUACUGGCUAUUAACUUCAUCACUAAAGAUUCAUUGGCGAACGAUAGCUGAUCGGGAGGACAGAGGCCAUCAUUGUUGUGAAAUUUGACUGUAAAGAUAUACCUUCGUCCAAAAUUUGCACAGAAUCACUGGAAGAAAGAUAGAUUAGACUCUUGGGGUUUGUGUGUGCUUGGGGGGGUUCAGCGCAAUUGAGACAGUUUGUGAUACUCCAAUGGGGUAAUAGUCUCAAUGACUCAACACUGACAUCAAAGAAAUUGUGAAGCCAAAGAAACCUUUGGCUGAAGUGUUAUGAUCCGAUUGCCUUGCUCAAGAUUGUAUAACAUGUCUGCAAAAUUCACACAUUGCUCUGAUCUCACGCAGUGAGGAGAAGCGGUUUUUGUGCUCACUGCUAUCUGCCAUCAUCGUUGGGGAUGGGCUGCUGCUGCUUUCCUUGACGGCUGGUAAUGGCUUUGAGCUUCUCGACUU